UGGGUAUUAUGGGAUGUGUGGAAUUAAGGUCUGAACGUGCGGAGAGAAAAUAUCGCGGAGGCUGAAGUAAACAUGGAGCUGUCGGCCGUUGGGGAACGGGUUUUUGCGGCCGAAUCCAUCAUCAAACGACGGAUAAGGAGAGGGCGAAUGGAAUACCUGGUGAAAUGGAAAGGCUGGUCUCAGAAGUACAGCACAUGGGAGCCCGAGGAGAACAUCCUGGACGCGCGUCUCUUCGCAGCCUUCGAGGAGAGGGAGCGCGAGAGGGAGCUCUUCGGACCCAAGAAGAGGGGACCGAAACCGGAGACGUUCCUCCUGAAGGCUCAGGCCAAAGCUAAGGCCAAAACGUACGAGUUCAGGAGCGAUAUGACGCGAGGCAUUCGGGUCUCGUUCCCUGUUCCGGAACCCGUCGUCACCCCGCGAGCUCGCGAGGGAUUACGGACCGUGGUGCCUACGCUUUUCCCUCCCAGCACCGUCAAUCGAGGGGAGAGCGUGCGAAUCAGGCCUCCGGAACCGGAACGGGGCCACCACAGUUCUGGACCUCUGAGACCGCUUGUGGCCGAGGGGUUUGUGAGCGGCCCGAAGAAAAGAGGACGCAAGCCCAAGUUGCGUUUUAUCGACGGUCCGAACAGCAGCUCUCCCCUGGUGCCCACCAAGAGGAGCAGACCGGAGGAGCAAAUGACGUAUCACCCGGCCAAAAUGGGAAAGCACGGUCUGGCCGAGGAUGAGAAGCAGGACCUGGGCGUCAUUCAGUUGGCCCGGAAACACAAAGGAGACCCCUCUUACGCCCAGACGCAGCUCCGGGCUCAGUCCAGCGCAGGCGUGCUCAAGUACGGCUCAGACACCUGUUACCACAGAGCUGGCUUUGAAAUGCAGAGCUGCAGGACUAAGGAAUUAUCAUGUAACAUCUCCGGUCAACACCCUAGACUAAAGCACUCCUCCCGAAAUAACUUGCAUCAGGCGAAUGGCCCUCCGCAACGGGAACCGCCGUCUCUUGUUGGCAGCGAGCCGAUGUCCGGGGACUCCGGAGAGAGCCCGGAAGACUCGUGGAGUCCUUGUCCGAACAAGGUGGAGAAGGUUGUGGUGACAGAUGUGACCACUAACUUUUUAACUGUGACCAUUAGAGAAAGCAGCACAGACAAAGGAUUCUUUAAAGAUAAAGGAUGAUUUUUUGUUUUUUUUUUUGUUGUUUUUUUUUCUCCCCCCACCCCCAUUUCUCCUCUUCAUUUGUAAGAACUUACCAUCAUAUUUAUUUAGAAAAUAGCGCAAACAUUUGACACUUGAAGCGAAUUUUGUUAAAUCUGUACAGAAAUUUUAUGUGAAAUUUAAGUGAACUGAAAUGUGUACGUGUAGGGUGUGUGUUUCAUAAAAUGACCAAAUUAAAUAUUCAUCCACAGACUAAAUACCGUGCAAAUAAUGGUUUUAGGAUCGCAUGUACCUUACUAUUUUAGCUGUUUGCAAAAUUGUAAGCGUGCGCAAAGACAAAGUUAAUGAACUAUGGAAAUAUGUUUUUUUUUUUUUGCUUGACUUCCAAGAGGUUGGGCUUAUAAAUAAGCUUUGGUGACAUUUGCAUAUAUCUUCAUUGAAUUUUUCUUGGAAAGACGCAGCUGACGGCCAUUUGAAAAACCAAAGGAAUUUUGUAUUGAUUUAAACUUAGAGCCACUUCUGUUUGUGAAAAGUAUUAGGGGGGAUGAGAAAGUAUUUAAGUAACAGAAGUACACAUUUCAUGUGUUUUUAUGAUGGUCAGAAGUGUCGUAAAGUUUCACGCUUACAUUCUGAUUGUCAUAAUUCUGAAAAUGAGAAGAAUUUUCGCAAAAAAUAUUUUUAUUGAUUUUGGGAUCUGAAUAAUAUUGUGGCCCAUCGACAUGUGGUACUGAGGCCAAAUUUUCACCAGUCCUUAGCAAUCUAACAGCACUUCUGCCAUCAUUUUAAUGACUGGCACAGUUUCAAUAACCUGAAAUCUCUUAACAAAUAUAUAUUGGUGGGAGGUUUAGAGGCCCAGCCCUCCAUGUCCUCGUUAUAGAAAUAUCCCUGGUUCCUAAAUCAAACCGACUUGCUUUACGUGACGAACAAGGUGGAGAUGUUUUCUUGGGAUUUGAUGUUUCAGCUUUUGAGGUUGAGUCCCGAUGAGAGGUACAUAUCCAUGAACUCUCUGGCUUUCAAGCUUUUUCAUCUCACUGUUGAGGCUCAUAUUAAAACUGACCUUUUCUGGUACUUUUCCUCAAUCCAUGUAUGUAUUACCUGCUGUUCAUAAGCUCUUGUUUAUAUGUACUGAAAUUCUUCAUUUUAUAUAUCUAAUUAUUAAUUUCCAUUAAAACCUUACAAUUUUCUAGUGUGUAUAGAUUAUUUUGCAUAUGAUUUUUCUUACUGAUCCUAACACAGUUAGAUUAACGACUAAGGUUGGUGUUUUUUCCUGC